GCCGGCUUCAUCGCACUAGAGGGUUCAUGUCGUAAUAUUCGCUGUGCUCUUGUUGUGGAUUGUGGUUUCUCUUGCGUCACCGUGGCUCCGUUCCUAGAUGGGAAAGCUAUCCAACAGGGGAUCGUACGAAUUGAUGUUGGUGGAAAAGUACUGACAAACCAAUUGAAAGAAUGGAUAACGUAUCGUGAUUUAAAUGUUCUCGAAGAGACAUAUAUAAUGAAUCAAUGCAAGGAAGAUGCUUGUUUCGUCUCAUCGGAUUUUAAUAGUGAUAUGAAGAUUGCAAGAUAUCGCGAUGGUCGCAAUACGAUACGUCGUGAGUACGUCUUGCCGGAUUUUUGUCGGCUGUUUCGUGGUUAUCUGAGGGAACCGUCGACAGUGGGGAAGUUUUCUUUGCCAGAGGAUUCGCCACAGCACAUCACUAUAAAUCGGGAACGCUUUGCUCUACCCGAGAUUCUUUUCCAUCCAUCAGAUAUCGGGCUUAAUCAAAUGGGUGUCGUGGAAGCUGUCGUUGAGUCAUUGUCGCGAUGUCCAGUGAAUUUGCGGCCAGCACUGGUGCAGAACAUCUCUCUCGUAGGAGGAUGCACCCUCUUCCCCGGAUUCCGUGAUAGAUUCAUAUCUGAACUCCGUUCUUACAUGGAUGUGGACUGGUGCGUAGCUCUAGCUGAUGUCACGAAUCCUAUUACUCACGCGUGGUCGUGCGCUUCCGCAGCGUUUUCGGAUGCUACUAUUUAUGUCGGAGGACUCGACGAAAAAGUUACUGAGAAUGUUCUUUGGGAGCUGAUGGUUCAGGCCGGUCCUGUAACAAGUGUAAAUAUGCCCAAGGAUCGUGUGACAGCAAAUCAUCAAGGAUUUGGUUUUGUGGAAUUUGUGGGCGAGGAGGAUGCAGACUACGCAAUUAAGAUCCUCAAUAUGAUAAAGCUGUACGGAAAACCUAUCAAAGUGAAUAAAGCGAGUGCUCAUGAGAAAAAUAUGGAUGUUGGUGCCAACAUUUUUGUUGGAAAUCUUGAUUCAGAGGUCGAUGAAAAGCUUCUUUACGAUACCUUCAGUGCAUUCGGUGUUAUUCUACAAGUUCCUAAAAUUAUGCGUGAUCCGGAAACAGGCAACAGUAAAGGGUUUGCCUUCAUUAAUUUCGCGUCAUUCGAAGCUUCCGAUAUGGCAAUGGAGGCCAUGAAUGGGCAAUUCCUUUGCAAUAGGGCAAUUUCUGUUUCUUAUGCUUUCAAAAAGGAUGCAAAAGGCGAACGACACGGUACAGCGGCAGAGCGAAUGUUGGCUGCUCAGAAUCCGCUGUUUCCCAAAAGAUCGUCCAAACCAGGUGCGUCACUGAUGUUCUCGGAUGCUCCUGGUCGCCUCCCAUUCCCUCCACCGAUGCCUGGAAUGCCUCCUAUGCCGCCUCCAUUGCCUAUGGGCAUGGCUUUCCCUCCGCCGCCACCGACAGCUACACC